GCUCCCAUCCGCACAUUGCUCAAGAGCGUCAUGAGGGGAAAAAGCUAACAAAGAACGUUUCUUAUUUUUUUAAAUUUGUGUGUGAGAGUGUCUGUUUGAGUGAAACUAAUGUUCUAAGGACGAAAGCUUCAUCUACAGACAUUAUUUAUACCCUCGAACAUAUCCUGUAUCCUUCAUAUCAGCCGAUCCCAGCUUUUACUACGAGAAUAGCAAAUCCACUUGUUGCCAAGAUUUUUUAAAGACGUUAUGAAAAAAGAGAUUGAAUAUGCUGUGGACAAUUUCCACAGAAUUGCUUUUGGAACAAAGAAAAAUGGGAACAAACACAUCUCGGAGUCCAAGUUGGCCUCUUUCAUCACAAUCUUGACAGAUUUACUGUUCAAGAGAUAUGAGAACAACUGGUAUCCCGAAAAUCCCGACCGGGGCAGUGGAUUUCGAUGUAUUCGUGUGAACACCCAGAGCAUUGACCCGACGAUCAAGGAGAGUAUGAAACGAGCGAGCAUUGUGUUACCUGGGGAGUUGCUGGCCACAGAAGUCACUAUCUGGGUCGAUCCUGGAGUUGUUUCUGUUCGCAUUGGAGAAGACGGGAGUAUUGGGUCUGAAAUUGUGGACGAGGAAGUGUAUAACAUGAAGAAGCCACAGUCGUGCGACUCCCCCAUCAAACGGUCAGGGUCUGUGGAUGAUGAGGAGUUUUCGUCCCGCAGCUCUUCUCCAGACUCCAGGUCAUCGGUGCGGUCUGAGUCUGCCAGCCCGCCGUUGCAACCAUUUUCUACAACUCCCAGAUUUGUUUCCCCGUCCCCCGUGCACCCAGUGAUGGAGUACAACCCCUACAGCCCACCAUCCCGAGUCUCGUACCCCCAAAGGUACAGACAGAACCCCUCCCCUCCUUCCAGCCACUCAUCGUCCCCACACUCCCUCAAGAACACAUUGUCAUCGCCCGCCCGUGCUUUCCACUCAAUGGCAGCGGCCACUCAGGCCAGAUCUCCACUCAGCUCCCGAGGCUCACCCAUAUCUUUCAGUUCUCACGGAGACUUUGGCCAAGCAGGCCAAAGUCACAUUCCAGGCUCUACUCACCAGCGCACGAUGACGUACACCCGUCCACGGGCGAUCUUCCCCGCUACCUCUGAGAGCAACUCUCACAUGGAGGGACUUGGCAAGAUUGGUUUCAACCCGUAUUCCCUGCCAUUUGGCUAUGAUCGGCAUAUGCCAACUGCCAAUUUUUAUGACAUUCCAGCAAUGGCGUAGUAACAGUAUUUUGCCUUGUCUUGGAUGUUAGUUAUUUUCGUCUCCUUUUCUGUCGUGUUGCAAUAUAAUCUUGGCUGUAUUUUCUGUUGGGCAAUGGGGAAAUGUUGUUUCGGGGCUCUUCGGAUCAUUUUCCGUACAAAAUGUGGAAAUUCAAUCAUUUCCACUCACCUGUUUGCUGCAAGUGCCACCCGACACCUUUUUGAAACUCCUCAAAUCUGGACUUUCGAAAAGUGGUCCCGGACGGUUGUUUUUAGGAAUUUUAAGAUAUGAUAUUGUGAUAAGUGCUUCUUUUACUUUUUUUGUCUUGUGUGUUUCUUGAAUUGCAAAUAGAUACAUUUUAAGUUCACCUGGACGAAAGAUCAGUUUUGAACAGUUUGUAAGCUCAUGAGCAGAUUUUAUGAAAUUUUUUUGCAAUGUCAGAUGGCUCAUGUUGAUAUCUUUUGACCAGAAUCAGUAGUGAAGAAGUUAACAUCACAAGAGUGUUCGACACAUUGGAUUUUAAUAUCUUAUAGGUGCUUAUCCAGUUUCCCCAAAAGCCCGGUAUAUGGGAUUUUCUUUUUUUCUAGAUCAUGUUGUAUAUGUAUCAUUUCUUUCUUCUGUGGAGUUGUAUGCCACCCAGUGCUUCAGUCUCCUAAUCGUAGUACUAGAGUGUACUUUAUUUCAUAAACCUUUCGCAUUGUCUCAUGUAUCUUGUUACUUCACAUCUGAGUCAAAUUAUGAUUUUCGACAAGUUUAAGUCAAGACUGAUGCUUAAAAUCAAAGGUCUUCAUCCCUUCCCCUUCUACACUUGUUUGUAUGAGUGUCUUACUCUUGCACUCUACAGACAUCGGAGAGUGCAUUAUUUGUAACCAUGUAUCUUUGCACAAUUUCCAUAGUUGAUUACGCAAUGCUUUAUGUGUGUACCGCAUACUCGAAGUGAAUUUUGUCUCAAAUAUGUUUGUUGAAGCAGAUUCAAAGGAGUAUUGAUCUCAGGUUCAAAUGGCAGUUUGCAGGACAAGUCAUGACUGAUUUCUUCAUUGUCAUUCACCGUGACUUGACGUUGUGAUUUUAACUUUCAUUUUUCGGGCAGAAAUGGUCAUUUUUGAGCUUUCACUUGACAUUUCGCCCUCCAUCCAUGGGCCUAGUGCUUCUUGUAGUGCUGUGCACUGUAGUGUAGUUAUUGUAACUUGCAUGUUCAACCCGAAUCCUGUGAUACACUCAAUCCAUUGGCCCUUGAUAUUAACAUUGCUUCAUCAUCAAUAGCAAAAGCCCAGCCUCCUAUUUCUCUUUCGCAUGAUAAUUUGUCAUCUUGUCAUCUUCACCAUCAUAUUUUCAUCAGAGUGCCAUGUUCAUCAAACCAAAUACAUCCGUUCAUGCACACUAGGAGUGAUAGGUUUUGUUUCAAUUGUAUGCUUAGUCUCAGUUUGCAAUCUAAAAAUGUAAUGUACGAGAUGAUAGAAAUAUGUGGAACAGUCAAUCCUAGUACUAGUCAUUUCUGUAGCCUUUCAAAUCUCCCAAGAGUAUUAUUAAUUAAUAAUUGUUUGAGUUUUCACUUUCAGUUAAUUUCCAUCACCGUAUCAUCUGCUACUCCGGAUUUGCUACUUAUUUGAUGAAAGUGAGUUUUGAUCGCGUUUUAUUUUGGGAAAAGGGGGAAUGGUGGGAGAGAUCAUUGUAACAAGUUGGCCUGUUUUUAUUUAAUGUUGUAUUUGUAAAUGUGCAAGAAGUCAUGUUCGUACUCGACUGUAUUUAAAAAAAUGUUAGUUGUUGUGCUCGAGGUUCAGUGUUUAUUACAUGUUAGCACAAUUUUCCACUCCUUGUUUUGUUAUUGGCCAUAGCAGACAGGUGCCAUGAGUAAAGAAGUGUCCCAGACUGUGAGCAGUUAUGGCUACGGCCGUGAAGUACAUCAGGUGGCUGGAGAAAUGUGCAAACGUUUGUCUUUGUUUUGCAUUUUUUAUCAUUUGUGAUCCCUCUAAUAGGUUUAUAUGUUCUUUUUUUAUGUUGUUCAUUCAUUGUGGUACAGAUUUUAACCCUUGACGCCCUGCCCCACUGCCAACCACUCCUCCCCUAACAUCCUGUACAGCGGGCCUACUUUUUCAUCGCCAUCAUCUUCAUAUACGCCAGUUGAAUUAAUGUUUAUAGUUUUAUCAUUUAAUUUCUACGCCAACAAUUGCCAUAACCCUUCUAUAUAAACAAAAUACCUUCCAUCACUAAUUUUGAAUAAAAGUAGGCCCAUUAAACAAGCUGAGGUGGUUUAUCAUAUUUUGGUGCAUACUGGAGGAUUCUUUCAUCAUGGUUGAAGUUAUUGGGCUGGAAAUAUUAAAACUUUUUUUUUUCUUUUGUCGGCCGUUCACAAAGAGGAUAUGGGUCUAAAGCUAUAAAACUGGUACAAUUCGUCCACAUGUAAGUGAAUUUGAAAACUGUGAGAUCAUGAAGUGACUACAAAUUUUAAUUUUUUACCUGAAGGCAAAAUAUCUUAAUUUUAUCACCUGGUUUGUUCAAGGUGUUACGGGUUAAAAUAACAUUGUCGUAAUUUCUUUCCUUUUAAUUCUUGUUGAUUUAAGAGUAGAAUUACUCUUUUUAUCCAGUCUCAAUGAGUGUUAAUUUUUGUGCCUCGCCUUUGCGUUUGAACUUACUUGUUAUGUCAUCAAGGGAGGUGUGUAAGACUGUGACUCCCAUUUUAUCAUUUUUAGACUCCCAUUUUAUGUCUUCAUCCUUCUCUUGCAGCUGAAUUUUCCCCAAUCUUCACAUUGGUUGAACAGUCAUAUUGAUUUGUAGUUUUCUUUUCCCUGUUUUCCAUUAAAAGCGUAUUAUGACAGAAAGAUAAAUUUAGGUAGCUACCAGUGCCCACGAAGCAUGAUUUUUAAAAAAAACCCAUCCCAUCACUAAUAAUUACGUUCUGGCACUGAUCCGUGAAGUUCUGAAAGACCAUGUAGUGUAGACUUUCAUAAAUAUGUUUCGUAUUAAGUAUAAAAAUAUUCCUUUUUGUUAGAUUACUAGAAUAAAAACAAUUUUUUCGACUAUAUUAUAGAUAGUUUAAUUAAAUUCCACCUUCACUGCUAUUUCCUUUCCAGCGUUUCAGUGCCUGUAUAGAUUUACACUUGUUUGUCUGAUUGGUCACAUUGUAUGUUGCACUUAAUACCCCACUGUUGGGUUAACUGGGAGUGUAUGACACUGACUUUUUGAGGCUUUAUCGUAUUGACAAAACUGUGGUUUCAAACUACAUGGUGCUUAUUCUGACCCUGAUCUGAAGUCCUUUGUACAGUAAGAGGUUCUUUGUAAUUACUGGUCUGUGUAGAGUUGUUAUUAUGCAUUACAGCAAUCAGAUGUAGACUGCUAGACUAGAAGUAUUAAACACAUAUUGUGUUAGGAAAAUUUUUAGAAAGCGUAACGAAUUUGCAUUUGUGUAUGAUUGUGUAAGUUACUGUCGUUGUUGUUGAAGGCAAACCUAAGACCAGAAGUUUUACAUGCCUUUUGCCUUUUUCCAUAUCUUUCGACUUUCGGUAAUGUGUUUUCAAACAAAGGCAAGUAAAUCUUAGCAAAUAGAUGGAAAAAGUACUGUUAAAGUUAAAGCCACAGAUUCACUUUGAUUGGUCUGCAUCUUUUUUUUCCCCCCAAUAUAUUUAAAAGAAUUUUCAUUUAUGUAGAUCCAACACAAUCAUAGUUGAACUCAAGAUUUCCUUUCUUUUUUUCUUGGUGAUUUUCCCACCAUGUUUUUUCCUCCUCCUUUUAUUCAUUUUAUCCAUUGUUUUUUUUUUUUUUUUUUAAAUUUUUCUCUCAUUUUUAGACUCCAUAUCCCAGCUUUGGAUUGGUGUCAAAGCUUUUGAUGCAGAACAUUAGUUUUAGACACCACCAAAGAGAUUUUAGAAUCAUGUUACAUGUUUUUUCCGUGGCAGCAUACACGAAGGAGAACUUCACGUCAUGCAUGGCGAGUGAGAGAAACUGUCCAUGUAAUGUCUUUCAACUUGUAUAAUACACAAUUAAAAAUUCAACACUCAGGAGAGCAGCAUUAUGGCCCUGAAUUUUAUCGAUGCUGACGAUUUAUCAUGGGUGGUCGUGGACACCCCUUGUUUUGUUCUGCUUUUGAUUGAUACGGUGCAUUCUCAGGUGUGGAGAUCGUGUACCAGAGCCUGUUUAUGAGUAUAUGUGAGAUCUGGCUAUGGCUGAGCUGGUGACUUUUGUUGCCGGGAUGUUACAAUGCAUUCCUCCUUUUGAUACACGUGUUACUGUUGAAAUGUCACCAAAGCGUUUGAGGUGAAACUGUUCAUGACUGGGGCAUGCAAUUUUUCUUUUCCACUCGGUUGCAAUAUUAUCAUGUAUAGUUUGUGAAGCUGUGUUCUAACAAAUGUAUUGUUACAAAAUUCAUUGAGAGUGCUAUUGAAUAAUUAACUAUGGAGCAUACAAAAUGUAAAAAAAUGAAUUAAGUAAGGAUGUUUGUCCUUAUUGUAAAUUGUUUUACCCUACUGAAAAAAAUAGAAAUAAAAAAUAAUGUGUACAGAACUAUGUUCAAUAACGUGACUGAUGAUGAAGUAUGAAUAAAGUUGCUUUAGUUCAAAGUAUAAAAAAAAA